AUGGCUCCAACCGCUCCCCCGAUUCUCGACUUCUCCCCCUUCUACGGCACGGACGGCGCCGCCAAAGCCAAGCUUGUACAGCAAGUACGCGAAUCCUGCGAGUACAAUGGCUUCUUUCAGAUUACGGGUCAUCGUAUCCCGCGCGAGCUGCAGGUACGGGUCAUGGACGCUGCGAAGAGGUUCUUCGCCCUGCCGCUGGAGGAGAAAAUGGCGAUUGAUAAGAACCUCAACUCGUUCAACCGCGGCUACGAACUGCUUCGAUCGCAGAUGCUCGAGGUCGGGACGGCGCCAGAACUGAAGGAGGGCCUCUACAUUGGGGAGGAGAUUGGGGCGGAUCACCCGUACUAUAUCAAUGGGCGGCUGAACUCGGGACCAAACCAGUGGCCUGCGACUGUUCCAGACGCCCAGGAGUUCCGCGAGACAUCGAUGGAAUACUACCACGCCGUUUACGAGCUGGCGAAAGAUGUGCUAGCGGUUCUUGCACUUACACUGGAUGUCGAGGAGUCAUUCUUCGAUCCUCUCACCGAGGGCGGCGUAGCCACGAUGCGCAUGCUCCAUUACCCCAGUCAACCAAAAGACGAAGACGAGAAACUCAACCGCGGAAUCGGCGCGCACACGGACUUCGGAUGUAUCACGCUGCUGCUGCAGGACGAGGUCGACGGGCUCCAGGUUCUCGACGCCCCGAGUGGGCAAUGGCUUGACGUCCAACCCGUUCUCGGCGCUUACGUCGUCAACCUCGGUGACCUUAUGAUGCGCAUGGCCAACGACCGGUACAAAUCGAACAUCCACCGCGUGAUCAACAAGUCCGGGCGCGAGCGGUACUCGAUCCCGUUUUUCUUUAGUGGAAACCCAGACCAUGUGUGCAAGUGUCUGCCAAACUGCUGCAAGGCAGGCGAGCAGCCAAAGUACCCGCCCAUCACGGUGGAGGAUAUGGUCAGGGGCGCGUAUAAGCAGAGCUAUGGCCGGGCUGAGGCGUAUAAGAAGGAGCUCGCGGAGAAAGCAAAGGCGCAUAAGAUAGAGGCUGCCUCUGCAACGGCUAUGGUUUCGUAG